AGGCAGGAGCGAUCCAGCUCAAUUGUCCACAUGGAGUGCUUCUGGCAAUAACCCUCGUUCCCCAGGCCUUUCCUCUUUCAAAGGUCCAGCAUCAUCAAUACGGCAGGCAGCACUAGUCAAAGCACGCCAAUCGCACCUGCCGCCGUCAUGUCAGGGGGAGCUACUACUUCGCGCCGCCCCUCGCUGGCCUCGUUCCCAUCGCGCAAGCAAUCGUACUACGACGUCAUGCCCUCUGCUACCGUGAGGCCUCCCAUGCGACCGUCUCUCUCUCAAUCAGUACGCUCACCUGCGAUGCCUCGCCGCAAGCGCAAGCCACGCCCGCAAUACCCCCAAGAUUCCACCGAGCGUCAUGUCGAAUACAUCCUGGUUGCCUCGUUCGAUAUUGACACUGGUUCUGUCAUGGAACAUCAAUACCCGACUCCGAUCGGUGGUGACGAGCACAUGUUGGCAGAGCUCAUGCUGCCCGACCAAACGCAUCUGCGUAGUCAGGACUGGACCGUCUUCUUCCUACACAAGGACCAGUCGCCAGAAGAUGAACUGCAACAGAGAAGAGACAGACGACGGGAGCAAAGAGCAGAGAAGAAGAGCGAGCGAGCUGAAGCAAAGUCUGGUCCCGGUGACAAGACAGAUGCAGAGUUGGAGAAUGAUUCAGAAGACGACACAGAAGAUGCCGAGUCCGAGGAUGAUGCUGUCAAAAGCACCCAAGGGCCACCGCUGGUCUAUGUUCUCAACCUCGUCAACACAAAACACGAUGCGAACGUCAAGCGUGGUGCCGUCGUGAAGGCUAUGGCCAUCUGCACAAGACACUCGUUCCUGCACAUCUACAAACCACUCCUACUCCUCGCUCUGGAAGAGUAUUUCCGUACGCCGACCAUCGACACACUGGCCUCCUUGUACGAGUCGGUCAAUUCCAUGGAUCUCUCACUACUUCCACGCCUAUCUUUCCAGGAGCGCUAUAUCCUACAAGCCUCGGAUGUCAAGGAUCUUUUCAUCGAAAAGUUCGAGGCAAUGGUUCAAAAACGUAUUCAAGAGGACAAAGCCAACAAUCAGUCCGAUGACAAACAACUCCAGCAGCAGGCGGCUCGUCAGCGCUACGGCUUGCCACGAGACACUCAUGAGUUUGACUCGGUCGUCAAAUACAAAAACGUCCCCGUGCCGAUCAAGAUCCCUACUGCUCUGUCUCUCGAGACUGUCGGCGACUUCUCACUCAUCAAGCUCAUCCAGACUUUCAGCAAUCCACAUUCGGCCUCUCCUCAGCCGUUUACAGUACACCAUCCUCAUCUCACCACUUCAGGCCCUCUAACUCAUCCCAUCAUCGUACUCCUCAAUGCCCUGCUCAGUCAGAAACGCAUCAUAUUCAUCGGUCACAAUUUGCCCUCUUCUGAAGUAGCAGAGGCUGUACUGGCUGCUUGCUCUCUCGCCUCGGGUGGUUUCCUGAGAGGCUUCACCCGCCACGCAUUCCCAUAUACUGAUCUCACCAAGAUUGACGACCUGCUCAAAGUACCAGGUUUUAUUGCAGGUGUCACAAACCCGGCGUUCGCCACUCAUACCCAGUGGUGGGAUCUGAUGUGUGAUUUGCCGACCGGACGACUCCGAAUCAGUCCCAAGAUCGAGCAAGCCCCAUUGACAGAAGGUGUGCUUUUCUUCCAGCAGAAUGGACAAGGUGUGCCACAGCCAUAUAAUGCGCCAGGUCCUGUCUCCUCGGCCGGUACAGCAACGGGUGCAGGCAUGGGUGGCUUCCCAUCAAUACCCUCUGGCGCUGGUGAUCCUACAGGCGAUGUGGCCUUCAUGUCCAGCGUACUCGCGUCGAUUGCCGCACGUCGUGGCGAAGGUGCUGUUCGCUCAAAGUUCCGUCUUUGGAUUCUCAAAUUCAUCCGCAUCACAGCGGCUUUCGAGGAGCUGGUAUACGGCGCUUCGGCGAUCUUUGCAUACUAUCCUCCUGGCUCGCCCAUCUCACCAUCCACUGCUACCAUGGACUUUCCUUCACCGAUGACAGUACUGGAUGCCGCAUUCGAGGACCCGGCUGUUGCUGGUCAUGGCUUCGUGUGGCCAUCUCAGGAAGCCAAGAUGCGUGAACUAGCAGCCAACGCCACUCGCAUCGAAGGAUGGACGAAGACACGAAGUUAUUACAACUUCAUUCAAGACUUCAGCGUCAUGUUUUCCUUGCGCCCGAUUCAGGAUCUCGAUCUUCAACACCUGCACGACAGAUUGAUGAAGUUGCGGAUGGGUGCCGAUGCCUCUGCGUCUAUCUACCUCGCUCUCUGCGCCAGAGUGAAGACUUACGAGCAAGUUAACCAAUUACUUUCUGUCUUCGCAUAUGGCAGCACUGCCGUCAUGAAUGAUAGGCAGAACGGCAUGUUUUAUUUGGCACUUGGACUUAUGCACCCUAGGCUAGAUGUAAGAGAGAGUGUCGCUGAGCUAGUUGACAGGAUUAGAGUACACGAGGCCGGCAGACACUUUUGGGCUGCUCUUGGUAGAUUUGAGCAGGCCGCGUUCGAUCGAGUUGUGCUCGCCAAGGCUGAGAGGGAAGAAAGUGGACUUUUGGUUUGAGAGACAUGAUGAAAGAGUGAUUGAUAUAUGUUUUUGAUGUUUAGAUACCACGGUGCGUUGGAGUUCUGGCAUUGCAGGGAUAGGGAACAUAGAUUGGAUAGAGUAUUUGUGAAUGAUUAUGAUUGAGUUCAAAACACAUCAUGAGCCGUG